CAUAGUUAUUUCCAUGAGAAACACCACGGUUCACACAAAGAUUCUCUUUAGUCGUAUUUGGGCUUAAUUUCGGAAUACUCGUCCCACAGCCCCAUUUUUGCGUAUAUAUCUGCUCGUACUCACGUAUAAUGUUUACUUGAUUUCAGACGACGAAGAGGUUCUGAACAAAAAAGACAUGGAAUGGUCUUCAAAAAAUGUGUCCGACGUAGAAGCCACCCCAAGCUCCGUGGAACAGGCCAACUUGCCAGCUGAAGAUCAGCAGCCAAGCGAGCAGCCAGAAAAAAGUAAAGAAAAAUCGACACUUCACAAGGAGAGGACUAAACAAGGUGAAAGUGAAGCAAGUCAUCCGUAUGCAGAAUUUCUAGCUGACCAGCGUAAGAGAGAAGUCGAGUGGGCGUCCAAUCGAGCAGCAAAAAAGACUAAACUUGCUGAGACUUCGACCAAAGAUUUAGAAGCCAUGAAACAGCAGUUAGACGCUAAGGAUGCUGAAUGUGCUGCCCUCAAAAGCCAAGUCCAUGAUCUCCAGCGUGUCAACACUUCUACUGUGGAAGCACAAAAUAAAGCACAAGAAAGCUUCUGCAAGAUGAUGGAGAGAUUAGAGGACAGUUUGUCUGCAAUGGAGGACAACAUGGCAGCUCGGUUGGAUCGGAUUGAGCACCGCCUGGAUUCUUUAGAAAAAAUGUGGGUUCCUAUUCGGCCAGAGUACGAAGAUCUUCCAACCAUUGACCCAGACGCUCUCGCACAUCUCCACGAUGAAUUAAUAGAAGAAAUCGUUCCACUUCCUCCAACUCCAACUCCAUUGGCAGUGAACUCAACGCCAGUGAACGCACCUUCCACCAGGCCCGAAGAGCCGAUUCAAUCCAGCGUCCGGGAGAUAGCCGACGUAAUUCGUUCUUGUGUGACCCCCCGUAAAGUAAUUGGUGUUCAGGACGUGAUUCAGAAAGAAAAUCAGCGGCACAAAUGCGCCCUUAAGCUUCUCCCAUUUUUCUUUAGUAGAGAGGAGCUGAGCAACAGCAACACUGAGGGAACCCACAACAAACUGCCGCUAGACAGUACAAGACUUAACUCACUUAAGGUUCUAGUUUUUAGUCGUUUUCCUGUUGACUCUCCCGUGGAAAAGGAAAGGGUGUGGAAAUGUAUUAAGAGCAAAAUAAAUUCUAAGUGUCGCCUCAGUAAACAUAUUACCAAGUAUGCUGUCGAAAGAGAAGACUAGAAAAUAUUGUAAGGCAUUUUGCGAUUUCUUGCAACUAUUAGGAUUUCGUGUUCUGUAAGCUCAUCAUGUAACUGUAAAUAAAGUUGAAUUGAUCCCAA